AUGAUGACACCUGUGGAUGAUCGUAGGCGCAGGUCGUCUGCGUCUUCAGUUCAGUCUACGAUCAGCUAUUCGGAUAAAGAACGGCGUUGGGGAGUGUUAGACGCUCGAGUUUGUCUACCAGCCGUCCUCAAUGAUCCUCGAAAAUCAUCCCGUUACGCAAACGAGCCUGUUCCAGAGAUCCCGGCUUCCACACUUCGCGAAGUGCGCAUUUCCGACUUCGAUGGCUACCUCCGAAAAUUGAAAAACCGCAAUCAAGAAAGUCAAGUCCGUCAAGUGGAUCGAGAGUCUUCGAAUCAGUCAUUUCAAAAUCGCCAAAGUCAAAGCUCGUCCAAGAUUCCGUCGCGUUUUUAUCAAAACGACUUUGAUACAAAAAAGGAGAUUCAAUUUUCGUUAUCGUCGGGGAAAGAAACUAAAUUGGAGAACAUAUCCGUUCACGAUGCACAAUUGAAGCACUGGUUGGACUUGACUGAAGUUGAACUGUCAAGAAGAUUGAGUUCCCGAGCAGCUUCGUUUUUAGCCGCCGUCAGUGCUCAGGAUACACUCAAGGAACUACUGGAAAAUGCACAGAAAAAUGCGAAAAACCUCCGAAAAGAAGUGAAAAUCAUUGGCGAAACUGUCUCCGGUACCUUCGCGGCCAUCCACCGAAACAACAAAAUCGCGCGCCUGAAAGAAACGACUCGUUUGCUCAAAGUGAUCCAAACAGUUCAACAGAGCCCAGCGACCAUUCGUCUCCUCAUUUCUACUUAUGACUUUUCUGCUGCUAAAGAAUACAUUGAAACUAUACGUGAGGUGCUACACAACGAGUUGCAGGGUAUUGCCGGCCUAAAGAAUCUCCAUGGCGAGCUUGAUAAUGCGGAGAAGCAAUUGAAUGGGAUUCUUGUUGAAGAAGCAAGCAACAUUUUUGAUAUCCUCCUAACUCAAGAAGAUAUCGACGGAGAAAGAGCGAAGAGCAUUCAAGAAGCGAUAGUUUGUGCUGGAAGGUUAGCUGAUACGACUCAAGCGAUCCAUGACGUGGUUGAAAAACGCGCGGACACGCUACUUUCCCGAUUUAAAGAUCUCGAAGGGGUCGAAAGAAUCGAAAAAGAUGUGGAAAGCUUGACGAAACUGCUGCAUUUGGUCAAGAGAGGCGUUUUUGUCGACGAAUUUGAAGUUCUAUGCAAAUCUUCUGUCGAAGUCGUUCAGCACCGUCUUUUGAGAAUUUUACAGGAGAAGCAUUUUACACAAGAAAAAGAUUUUCUCCGAAUUCUGCCGAUUCUUUACGAGUUUACAAACACCUGCUUGCGCGAGUUCAAGACUCAAGGGCCCCUGGUGAUGCAGCUCAAGGCGGAAACGAACAAGUAUCUCAACAAAUUCCACGAGGAAAGGCGGCAGCGUUUGGCUCUUCUGCUGGAUUCAGAAGAGUGGCGCCCCGCUGAAGUUCCCAAAGAGCUACAAGAAGCUAUCGAUGAUGUACUGGCGCAAGGUCAGGGGCAGAGACAGGACGGUGAUGUACCUGUCAAACCGAAACGACCAGUUAUUUCAUCGGCAGCUGACAUUUCCGGCGAAAAAUUCGUUGUUAUUGGUUGCUCACUUCUCAUGAUCAAAAUGAUCAAGGAAUAUCUUGGCUGCCUGCGUCAGCUUCCAGAGCCCUCUCUUCUUCAUAAACUUGCCGAUCUUUUGUUUCUGUUCAAUUCUCGCUGCUGCCAGCUCGUUCUCGGCGGCGGAGCGACUACUACCCUCGGCCUUCGGUCUAUUACAACCAAGCAUUUGGCCAUCACAGCUCGAUCUCUUCAACUGGUCCUGCGAGUGAUCCCCUCUGUCCGCGGCGCCGCCUCCUCAGUCCUUUCCGACAGCAACACAACUCAAGUUGCCCUGCGUCAGCUGAACAAAGUCGAGUCAGAUUUCCAAACUCACAUUCAAGAACUCUGGGGAAAGAUCUCCGCGAUUAUGGACGAUUUCUUCGCCAAACACGUGCAGAAAUACGAGGUAAAAGCACCAGUUCCAUCGGCGACGAUGAAGACAGUCGUCAAGCAACUGAAGAAGCUGAGCGAUUCGUUACAAGAAGUCCUCCAGCCGGCAGAACACGUGACUCUUAUUUCCAAAAUUCACACGAGUUUUACUCAGCAAAUGGAUUCACGUAUCAAAGCUCUUAAAACUUCCAAAAACGACGGGCUUCUUCUUUCCGACAUUUCAUUCUACAUGUCAAGCGUGCGCAAGAUCGAAGGAAUGACCGGGAUCGACUGGGCGUGA